AUGGCACAAUUAGAGAUUAGGAAUUCAGAAAACAACAAUUGUUUUGAUCAAAUUAUAGACAAUAUAACUCUUACAGAUGGUGAAGGUAAUCAAUACAGUAUCUAUGUUAAUGGAUACGACGACAGCCUUAGUUUAUGGUAUAUGCAAUCGCAAGGUCAUACAGAAGGAUACAAAAUAACGGGGUUGAAUGAUUUGAUAAGAGAUUUCUUUAACUUCAGGGUCAAAGAUAACAGUCAGUUAAGUGAAAUAUUUGCCAGAGUAGAUGGUGAUAACAUUAGUAAAGACAAUGGUAUAGUGAAUAAAUUAAUGAGUCACUACACUGUACAGACACAUGACUUUUUCACUAAUAUGGAGCAACAAUACAAUGCUAUGAGUAAUGAUUAA